GCGGCCCGCGACGCCUGGAUGCGCGCGCUCCGGUCCGAGGCGAGCCACGCGGUGCGGUCCGCGACGGUCCAAUUCGCGGGCGAGGCGUGGCAGAUCGACCCCAAGUACGAGCUCGUCAAGAAGGUCGGCUCCGGCGCCUACGGCUGCGUCGCGUCGGCCCGCGACACGUCCGCCGAGGCGCGCGAGCGCUUCGGCGCGCCCUACGACGUCGCGAUCAAGAAGGUCGCGAACGUCUUCGAGGACGCCGUCGACGCGAAGCGGAUCCUGCGGGAGGUGCGCCUCAUGCGCAACUGGAACCACCCCUGCGUGCUCGGGCUCUACGACAUCGUCGAGCCGUCGCACUCCGCGGACUUUGAGGACCUCUACAUCGUGACGCCGCUGUCGACGACGGACCUCUCGCGCGUGAUUUACUCGAAGACGGCCCUCAGCUCCGACCAGCAGCUCUACCUCUUCUACCAGACGCUCUGCGGCGUCCACUACAUCAACUCGGCGGGCGUCAUCCACCGCGACCUCAAGCCCGCGAACCUGCUCGUCGACGUGAAGACGUGCGGCCUCAAGGUCUGCGACUUCGGCCUGAGCCGCUGCCUGAGCCACGAGGGCGCGGCGCUGACGGACGGCUACAUCGAGGCGCCGGCCGUCGACGGCGGCGCGAACAACUUCACGGAGUACGUCGUCACGCGGUGGUACCGCGCGCCGGAGGUCAUGCUCGGCUUCCACCACUACGGCGCGGCCAUCGACGUCUGGGCGUCGGCGUGCAUCUUCGUCGAGAUGCUCAUCAAGGAGCCCCUCUUCCCGGGCAACGACUACCUGCACCAGCUCAAGAUCAUCCUCAAGCAGCUCGGCAAGCCGACGGACCCCGGCGACUCGUGGUUCGUCACGAACAAAUCCGCGCGCCAGUUCCUCGACGGGCUGCCGGCCUACGCGGCGCAGCCGUUGGACCGCAAGGUGCCCGGGGCGCCGCCGGGGGCGCUGGACCUGGUGCUGGGCAUGCUCCGCUUCGACCCGCGGAAGCGGACGCCCGUCUCCGACUGCAUCGACCACGCGUGCCUCGCGGACUACCGCGAGCACGAGCUCGAGGCGCGCGCGGGCUUCCACGUCGAGAUGGACGACGUCGAGGCCGUGGCGCUGACGAAGAGCGCCAUCCAGCGCCUCCUCUACGACGACGUCCGCGCGUUCCACCGCGACCUCCCCGCGGACCGCGGCCGCGUCUUCAGCGACGCGGAGGAGCUCGCCGAGCACGUCACCAUCGACCACGCCGCCACGCCCAUGGACCAGUCGCCGCGGUAAAGAGACCCGGAAGCGUGGGGCUCG